GUCCAAACAGACCAAGAUCAUGGCAGUCCUUGGGUCCGUGAUGCCAUCCCUGGGGCUGUUUCUGUGCCUUGGAAUGCUGUUUAUUUCUGCCAGUUCUGCAAAUGACAGUGACAGCUGCAUGUCCUUCAAUGAAGUCAUCCCCACCACUGGCAUCAUGGCCAGUUCAGAUGUUUAUGAAGACAACAAGGUCUACACAAUAUUUGUUCCUGUGACUUACAGGACCAACUCGGUGGUCCUGCGAGCACUGGACACGAACAACAACUCCAUAGGCUUCUGGUACAGAGCAGACCUGACCUGCAACAACAGCGUCGUGUACUUCCUGAAGGACACACAUGAAGGGUCCUUCAGCGCCAGGUGGAGAUCUCCUUCCACGAAUGUAACAACAGUGGAGAUACAAGCCUUUGCUGUCAAUGUACAAAAAAUGGCUACAUUUUCUUCUCUGAAACUGAAAAAACAAGCAACGAUCACCACACCAUCAUACUCCACGAUCUCCACGAGCAGGCCAACCACAGCCCGAAUCCUGACCACAACCCGAAACCUAAAUCCAACCUCAACUCCAACCACAACCAAAAGCUUGGCCAACAGAAUCUUCCUCAGCCCCAUCACAGAUGCCAUUCAGAUCCUGCUUGUCUUUCUCACCAGCAAACUCCUCUUCUAGAGGAUACUAGAACAAUUGUUCCUGCAUCUACUGCAUCCUCCUAAGUUCAAGUUCAAGCCAGGGCUCCACCGUGUGUGAAUGAAGGACUUGUGCUCUCAAUGUACAACUCUACUGCCACUGCUUUGGACCAAAAAGGGGACUGGGUUGAGUAGCCAGUCCACUAACUGGUGAAUUUGGGGCACACAGAUAUUCAACCAGAUCUUUCAGGACACAAAUUAGGCUUUUUGUAAACUCUUAGACCUGGUCGGGGUAUAACCUGGAAUUCUGGCUCUAGUUUUAACAUGUUGACAGCCAAUUCCAUAGCCAAUCUAAACUUCUGUUCAUUGCCAAAUGAUUCCUCUGUGUUCCUGAGUCUCUGUGGGAAGCAUCUUUCCUCACUUUCAGGAUGACCUGAUUUCUGCCCAAACCCACGCAGGUUACAGAGCUUCUAUGACACAUGUGACUCAACAAGGAAAGGAGAAAUCGUCCUUAUGCUACUGGCAACACGAAUAGCAUUUGAAAGGCAAGAAAAUAGGAAUGUACCAUGUCUGAGCAGC